GCUGUCAUAUCAUUCUUGGCAGCUUGGGUAAAAAAACAGAAAUCGCAUCAAACGCUGUCCUCUGUGCUGAGUUUGACGGCAAUAACAAUAGAGGAAACGUGAAAAUACUCGAAUGUAAAGACGACCCGGCGACUAAAAACAAGGGAAACGUCCGUAGUUUUUUGAGUUUUCUUCAGCUAACGCAACGAGGCCAAGCUUCAAAAUGGGGCGUAUCUUCUUGGACCACAUCGGUGGGACUCGCCUCUUCUCUUGUGCCAACUGUGACACCAUCCUGACCAACCGAGCUGAGCUCAUCUCCACCCGCUUCACUGGAGCCACUGGCCGGGCUUUCCUCUUCAACAAGGUUGUGAAUCUGCAGCACAGCGAGGUGCAGGACAGAGUCAUGCUGACGGGGAGGCACAUGGUGCGUGAUGUCAGCUGCAAGAACUGCAACAGCAAACUCGGUUGGAUGUACGAAUUCGCCACAGAGGAGAGCCAGCGCUACAAGGAGGGCCGCGUCAUCCUGGAGAGGGCGCUGGUGAGGGAGAGCGAAGGCUUCGAGCACGUCCCGACCGACAAUUCCUGAGUUCAUUUAUAUUCAUCUGUGGGUACCAAAGCUUUCCCUCCAGCAGCAGCAGCAGCAGAACAUGGACUUGCAUUGAUGGUGUUCCAUUUCUCCCUACAGCUACACCAAAAUAUCACAGGCUGGGUGUUUGUGGGAACAACUAACAACAAGGUGUUGGAUAUUUUUCAAUUCUGAUGGGGAUUAUUCCUCAAAGGGCAAAUAAAGUUGCUUUUCUUCCCAUUUAAAAAUCAUCUUCAUGUCCAAUAUGUGAUGAGCAGGUGUAGCUGAUGGUGGCUGCUGUCAGACGAAGAGACGUGGCUCCUGCAGCCUUACAGGAGGCUCAGAUUUCUGUGUAAAGAUAAUGCGGUGAAUCUUGAAAGCUGAGGCUGUCAAUGGGUCUAAUUUGCUUUAAGAGUGAGUUGUUAAACAUUAUACUGCAAAAGAAUCAUUUUCUACAAAGUGUUCAAUGUGAUGCUUUGCCCUAUGGGCUCAGCUGUGCUAGAGAAUUACCUUUAAAAGAGUUAUUAGUUGAUAUAAAAUGUUAUAAUUCAGGUUAUUUUCAUUCAGACAGGUUAGCAAUUUAAGCCUGUCACUUAGUUUAUUUUAUCUAUUAAAUGACAAAAACAAUAUUGUGGGGUCUUUAUCUUUCCAUACCUCUUAUUUGACUCUAUAAAUAUAAAUAAACCUAAAUUCAGUAAAGUUGAUUUGACAUGUUCUACAGAGUUAGAAAUGCCAAUAUUUCACUACAUCACUACUAAUCUAUCCAGUUUAUUUUCCUUUAUUUAACAAAGCAUGUUUUUGUUUCAGUAUUUCAGACUUGUGAUAUGUUUAUUUGCAAAACAAUAAAUGAUUUCAAAUA